CUGUGAAAUUUAUUGCUGUCUGUUCUCUUCUCUGUCCCUGGUGUAUUUUUAUCCUAUUCUAUGAAUACCUUUUAAUGAUGCGGAUGUUAAACUGGAAUUUCUGUUGACAGUUUUAUAAAAAUUUUGCUUUUAUUGAUUUGUGAAAUCGGCGAUAACCUGUAAUUGCAGUUAAAGAUUUAUUAUCGUAAUGUAAGUGAUGAUAUCAAAUAACACCACAUAUAAGUUGAGAUCUUCGAAAACCUCAUCCGAAAUCUGCAAUUUUGAACAAAGUAAUGCAGAAAAUGGUGAGAGCAAUGAGCUGGACUGGGAUUUCUCAGAAACCAAUAACCGAAGCCAAGGUUACUUGAGGGAAGGAAGAUUCCGAAACUCUUCCUCUAGAAGCCGAAUAACUGAGUUUCGUCCCUCUACCUGGGCGACUGAGCGUAAGGGAUUCAGAUCUAGAGGGACAGUUUCUCGGAGUAGGAAUGAAAGAGAAGGUUUAAACUCCUUCAGAAAAUAUGACUCUACAAGUAGAAAUGCAGAUACUGUCGGUAAUUCACAUCAUGGAAAAUUUUACGAAAAUGAAAAAAAAGGAGAAAUAAAAUUGAAUUUGCCAGAAGAUACUAGAAUUUCAAAGUUGUUGCGGCGUUUGAGUAUGGAAACUGAUCAGAAUAAUUCGUUAAUGAUUUCGAAAAAACUACUUGAGGUUCUCCUGUUGCCAGAUAAUGCUCCUUAUAUCAGAAAAGCUUUUCAUAUACUGGGGGAAUCCAUGUUUGAAAUUCUCGAAGUUUCACCAGGGCUCCAGUCCAAAAAACAGGCAGCUCGGGCCCUAGGAAGAAUGGGUUACAUAAUGGGACAAGAAAAUGAUUUUGAGCGAUAUCAAAAUUGGCUAUUUGCCAAGAUGGCUACAUCAUACGAGGACAUGCAGAUUUUACUUGUAGAGACUUUCAAAGAAACACUUAUGUUUGAAAAUAAACUUCCUGUCAUACAAGAACAUGUUGACAACCUAUUCAGGAACUUGGUGUCAAUUAUAGAAAACACAGAAAGUGCUCCCAUCUUCAAAGUAACCUUAGAUGUGCUAGUGACAGUCGUGGAGAUAUAUCCAGACAAUUUUUUUCCUUUCUUCAGGGAUACGAUAGACCUUCUUUUUGGAUGGCAUGUGGACCACACCCAACCUUUAUCUACCAUAGAAUUCAUCUCUACAAAUUUGCAGAGGAUUCCUAAACAUUUCCAGUUCAAUUUGGAGUUUUCUCUCAAUCUGAUCGAGAACUUUUUAGAAGACAUUGUGAAUUAUUCAAAACAACUAUCUGAAACUGGCGAUAGUUCAUUUUUGGAACACAUAACAGUCCUGGUAUUGGCCAUGAAUACCAUUUUGAGAUGUCUUGAUAAAUGUAUCAGUCCGAAUGAGAACAAGGUUGUUAGGCCAGAUUUGAUCAGCAGUCUCGUGGCGCAAAUAAUAAAGACCACUUCGGAAGCACUAGAAUCAUACAUCCCGGAGAAUCUGACUAUUGCAACCAAUGACUGUGUCGCAAUGCUGCUUACUUUCCUCGAAACCAAAACUCAAACUUUAGUCAAUUCUGUCAACAAUCUUGUAGAAUCAGAGUUGUCUCUUGCAAACGAAUUCACCGAGUUUACUAUUGUUUCAAUGUUAAUUUUCAUAUCGAAGAUUCUCAAGGAACUCUCUGCUAAUCUUCCUGUGAAGUUGAUUGAAAAAUUGGUUGGACCUAAGUCGGAACUCAUGAAACUACGUUUAUCUCCAUUCCAGGAUAUUCAAAAGUCUGUUAUGUUGGUUUAUCAGGCGUUGUUGAGUUUGAAGAAUGUCUCCUUAGUUCAGGAGGCUUACAGAUACGUCUUGGGAGAUUUUGAGACAGUCUAUAGAAAAAUUUUCCCUGGUUGUAAACCAUUCACUGAAAAUAAUCCAUUUGAGGAAAGUGAUGUUGCUGAAUAUUCCGAAAGGGAUGCUGAAAAUUUGGUAAUAUUCCUAUUGCGCUGUUUGUCCCAACUGGCCAAUGCAAGUUCCAUAAUUGUUAUGUGGGCACUUAAACCGAGUAUUUUAGAGCUUGUGGCUGUACAUCUCUUGCCCUACGAUCAAACUCUAGCUCAUAAUUAUCCAGAUGUUCAGUUCGGACUCAUGUACCUUCUGUUCUCCCAUUGCCGAUGCUACAACCACUACAUUUCCACAUCCUCGUUAUUGAGUAGAACCGAAGAUAGUUCAAAUCUAACCAGAUUCUCCAUCACGGACGGCUCCAAAGACGAUGUACCUCAUUCAUCGCCGAAUUCAGGUAAUUUCACCAUAAUUUUGGAUGUCAUUCAUAAGACCUUGAACUCUGAUUCUGGACAUGAAGUCGUUCUGCUCACUCUGAAAUGGAUAAAGGAUGUUUUGUGCAAAUCAGAGGUGUAUCUCAUAAAUAUUUACAACAAGCAGAAUUUCGUGUCCAUAACUGAGGUACUUGUGAAGUGCGGUUAUAACUUGAAUCAGGACAUAGCCUUGCACGUUUGCGAGAAUCUGAACAAACUUUUGAGUUACAAACAUUUACCUUGGAGCAACACGUUUUUGAUCAACGUCAGCGAUCUAUGCAAACUACACAUGAAUUCUAAUAAGGAAGUGUUGAAAUCUGCCUAUUCGAAAUUGGCUUCCCUGAUACCUUGGGACGUUGCCGUUGUGGAGUUCAACAAGAUCAGUUCGGUGAACAAUUCGAAACAUCAAAAUUCCAGUUCUAAAGACUACAACAGCUACAUGAUCACCAUGGCCCAGUAUCUCCAUUCUACCGGAGCAAUAUAUAACGAUUUAUGCUCAUCUCAAUUCAAAAAAUUCAUGAGAUUUUUGCUUGAACCCGAGAAUGAGAUGACUACCAUCGAUUGUUUGGAAGAGGUUUUCACCUCCAGUUUGUGCUUAGAUAUAGAGUCCCAAAUGAACAUGGAAUUAUUUUACGAUUUAGGAAUCAAUUCUAAGAGCGUUCUCCAUAAUUGGGCCACCCUAGAGGGCGCGCAAUUCUGCGUCAACUCGAAGCUGCGAACCCCGCUGGGAAAGCCGAAUGAAACCUUCAUGAAAAUCGAAGGAGCCUUGAAUGCCCUCGGAAACGAGUUAUUGGCCAUCAAUAAAGAUAAAAAUGUGGCGUGUUACAACCAAUUCACGAAAAUAAGGGUAUCUCUGCUGUUGAAAUUCAUCGAACACCUUGAAAAACGAAUUUAUAAUGCAGCUGAAGGUUGCGCCAUAGCCAUGCCACAACCGGCUAAACUGGUGAGGACUUUCUUCAUUGCGAAUGCCAAUACGUGCAACGAGUGGUUGACAAGAACUCGUAUGGUGAUAAUACACAUAGCACUACAUGCCGGCGAAUUUAACGCUGUUAUCAGGCAUGCUCACGCCCUUUUGAAAGAGAUGGCGGCUUCAGAUAAAAUCCAGUCGGCAGAGUUCGAAAGAUGUACGAUUUUCAUGACAAUGGCCCUGUUGAAUCUGAGAGAAACGGAGGCCAUCUACGGUCUUUACGUGUGGUGUAAGAAUUUACGAGGAAAGCAUGGCAGGAAGUAUGGAUGGAUUAAGUAUGCAGGAGAACAAUCAUCGAAGAAAUAUGAAACGGCCAUUGAAGGCUACAGAAAAAUACUCUUGGAAAUGGAGUCGAACGUAGACAGUGAUGAAGAGGAAGAUAUGACGAAGAUCAAUUUAGAAAUUAGAAACUUUAUACACGACCAAGUGGAAGCUUGCCUGAAAGAGUUCCACCAUUGGUUUGACAUUUUAACCUGGCACAAGAGUCCGGAGAAUAAAGAAUUCAACGAGUCCCAACGAAAGUGUUGGUAUUAUUGCAACGACUGGGAGUGUGCCAGGAGCUUUGCGGAGUUGGAAAGUGGCAUACAUGAAUUAUCCGCUUUAUCAGAGUGGAACACUGACGAGAAACCUAAAAGUUGGAGUUGCUACAACACCCUUUCAACCGCGGAAAAUAACCUAUAUCGCAUCGCCCUUCAGCUGUCAUCGAAUCACAUAACUGAAGAUCUAAACGAGAAAAUAGACUUGAACCUCAAUCUCAUUGAGAAUUCGAUUCAGGAAUACCUCGACAUAGCUCCCUGUGAGAUAUUCCAAACUUUCUGUCUGUUACAGUACAUAGGAAACGGUUUGAAAAACGUCUAUAAUAACAUACCAGCCAACACAGUUUUCUUGGUAUCUGAAAAUUUCGAAACCGAGGUCCGCAUGAUAGAUUCUUCUAUUCUGAGGAAGAUUCUUUGGUGGUCGGAAUAUUUUGGCAGUAUGCAGAAUCAAGGUUUCAACUCGUUCUGCAGCAACCUCAGAUUGGACAUAAUAAACAGAGCGAGAAAAGAGAAAAAUUUCAAUUUGGCCUAUCGACAGAUCUACAAGUUCUUAGAAGAGAAAGAUCUAAUUUUGAGCGAUCAGGAGCCAUUGAUGAACAAUUUGGCCGUUUCAGUGAUCAGUAAGAUCUCGGAUAUAAAGAUUUGGACCAUGGAUACGGCAAGGGCUGUCUCGGAGGUCAUCAAACUCCUAUACACGAAAGAAGAGAAUAAACAGGAUAUAUUCAAUUUAUGCGCCGCAACUUCUACUUCUAUAUCGAAACAUACGGAAUUGUACGGCGGUCCUGAACUGAGAAAAAUGAGCAGUAAAAUACUUCUCAAGUUGGCGUCUUGGAUGCAAAAUAACGACAUUUCAAUAACUGAUGUGAAUUCUCAUCUCGGAAAAUUGUUACUUGUUCUCCCAGACAUAGCGCUAGUUGAUAACAAUCCUUCAGGAAUAAUUCCACUGAACGAAAUGGCUAUAGGAAAAUUGCUUCAGUUUAGCGUACAUCAGUGCCUUACAUUAGCCAAAGGUUGGAGCUCCUUCGGUACCUGGUGUUAUAAGUGGGGUAGGAAAAUUUUAGAUCACGGUCACAGCUCCACCAACAGUUUAACCGAAGAAGAUUGUACUGCCAUCAAAAAUUUAUUACCUGACGAUACAAACGAAGAAGAACUUUCGGAAAUAUUUAAGAUUUUGUCGCAAAACCGAAACAUAACAGAUGAGGAAGAUUUAGAUUCCAACUCUAUAAAAACCUCGGUCAUGAUAAAGAAUCAGUUACAGAACAUAAGGCCGCUCCAGAAUGCCGAAGAUGAGUAUCUGGAAGAAUUGUUGCAAAUAUGGAGAAACACGCAGAAGAGGAUUUAUAACUAUUAUAAUUUAAGCGCCGAAGCUUAUUUCAAAUAUCUUCAUCUACUGGCCAAUUCAGAAAAUAUUACGAAGAGUAUGGAGUGCACUACUAUCACUAUAACGUUGAGAUUAUUGAGGCUCAUAGUGCGUUACGCUUUGGAAUUGCAAGGUACGUUAGAGGAGGGUCUUAAAGCUACGCCCACCCAGCCUUGGAAAGUGAUCAUACCUCAGCUGUUCAGUAGGCUGAAUCAUCCAGAGGCCUACGUGCACCAUUGCGUUUCUGAUUUGUUGUGCAGAGUUGCCGAAGAUGCGCCACAUCUCAUAACCUUCCCGGCCGUCGUUGGCGCCUUGGAAGGCGGCGUUAAGUUCAAUUUCUCCGAGAUAACCCUACCCAAAGAUUGCCUGUCGCAAGUCAUAGAGAAAGACGAGGACGACGAUCUCAACGAGAACGAGGACGACGAGAGCGACGUCGAGGAAGUUACCAGCUCUUUGCAAUCUUCUUUCAAGGUGUUGGUCGAUACCUUGAGCAAGCAAGAUCCGGAGACCAUCGCUCAGGUGCAACUGUUGGUGAGGGAAUUGAGAAGGAUCACCUUACUGUGGGACGAACUAUGGUUGGGCACUUUGCUACAGCACAGUUCCGAGAUAACGAAGAGAGAACAACAGUUGGAAUACGAGAUAGAGAAGGUGUUGGAAAAUCCGAAUUUAUCGGAGGAGGAGAAGAUAUCUUUGAUCGCCGAAAAACACAGGAUCAUCAUCAAGCCUAUAAUAUUCGUGUUGGAGCAACUUAGAGAAGUAACCUGCGUCGAGCCAGAAACGCCACACGAGAAGAUGUUCAAGGAGAAAUUUUCCUCCGAAAUAGAAACGGUUAUAAGGAAAUUGAAACAGCCUGAACGUCCGGAGAAGCCCCACCAUUCCCUGAUGCCGUUGAAGAGUUUACAGAAGAAGUUCCAACAGAAGAUACAGAAACGAUCGUCCUAUUCCUUGAAAAUGCAAGAAAUCAGUCCGAUACUCGCCAAUAUACGCGACACCAUGAUAGCCAUGCCCGGAUUGACCUCGUCGAAAACCACCGUGACCAUUUCGCACGUCAGCAACGUCGUGUCGAUCCUACCGACCAAGACCAAGCCGAAAAAAUUGGUGUUUUACGGGUCGGACGGCCAGACGUACACGUAUCUGUUCAAGGGUCUGGAAGACCUGCACCUGGACGAACGUAUCAUGCAGUUCUUGAACAUCGCCAACACGAUGAUGGCGCAGAACGUGGAUCCCACCGGGCAGAACCUGUACAGGGCGAGGCAUUACUCCGUGAUACCCCUGGGGCCGAGAUCGGGUCUCAUCAACUGGGUGGAAGGCACCACGCCCGUCUUCUCGCUGUACAAGCGGUGGCAGCAACGCGAGCUCGCGAAACCGAACGCGAAGAACGCGAACGCCGUCGUGCUCCGGCCGUCCGAGCUCUUCUACAACAAGCUGAACCCGCUGCUCGUCGAGCACGGCGUCAAGAACGUGGAGAACAGGAAGGAGUGGCCGCUGAUCGCGCUCAAGCAGGUGCUGACGGAGCUGAUGGCUGAGACGCCGAGCGACCUGCUGGCCAAGGAGCUCUGGUGCAAUUCGAUCAGCGCGAGCGACUGGUGGAACGUCACCAAGAGGUACUCGUACUCGGUGGCGGUCAUGAGCAUAAUCGGUUACAUAAUCGGCCUCGGCGACAGGCAUCUGGAUAACGUGUUGGUCGACCUGACGAGCGGCGAAGUGGUGCACAUUGACUAUAACGUGUGCUUCGAGAAGGGGAAGACGCUGAGGGUGCCGGAGAAGGUGCCAUUCAGGCUGACGCCGAACAUCAGGGACGCCCUAGGUGUUACUGGGAUAGAGGGUAUCUUCAGACUCGCCUGCGAGAACGUGCUCAAAACGAUGAGAAAGGGCAGAGAAACCCUGCUGACUCUCUUGGAAGCCUUCGUCUACGACCCUUUAAUAGACUGGACCGUAGGAGCCGAGGUCCUGGCUGGAGCAACUUUCGGCAACAUCCCAUCCGUCAAUAACAUCAAGCAGAGCAGAAAGGAACUAGAGAAAGAAGUCACCAUAUCAAUGUUCAAUGUCAGAUGCACUGAGAUGAAGACCGAGUGGAACGAGAACAAGGAUGAAGUAUUGAAGGAGAUCAAAGCCCUCCGGGAAAAGCUAGACGGCUGGCUGGAAGUGGACAAGGUCAUAUGCGACGAAGAGAACGCUCUUCAGGAUCUCCACCAACAGAUGGCCCUGGUCAAGGAGGCCGAAGCGCACAGCUCCAACAUGCACCCGCUACAUUCCCUACCCGCCAAGUUCGAUUCUUACCACAAGACCAAGGACGCCCUGAAGAACGCCAAGAAGGACGUGCGAAACCUGAAGAUCGAAUGCGAGGAACACCUCGAGGCUUACAACGAGUGCCUGUCCACGAUAGACGGGCCGGAACUGCUCAACCGUCUGCUAGAUUUGAAGAACGCGUUCGGCGAAGACAUGAACGUGUUCGAUCUGGUCAAGGAGUUCCUGCACAACGCGGGCAAAGACGACGUGGUGACGCAAUGCGAAGAGUCCGAGAACGAAAUAUCCCAGCUCACCCAGCACCAGAAUGCUUCCAUUCAGAAGUGUCUCCAGCUGCUGCAAGAAUACAAGACGCUGAUCGGUCAGUGUCCCAGGUCGUUCAUAGAGACGCACCGUAUAUCCAUGUACUAUAAAUGGCUGAGUUUCAUGCUGGAGAACGACCAACCGGAAGCUUGCGAUAGGAUCUUCGAGAAUUUCCAUAAUUUCCUGGACAAUCCGAACCUCUCGACUAACACCCUAAACUUCAAGGUCAGUCUGGAUAACUUCUACAAGGAGACCAUCGCGGAGACCAACAAGCUGUAUGAGGAACUCUCGGUGAACACGACAGACGUCCAGACCUUGGAUAACCUCUAUACCACCGCCAGGACCGGCAUCACUACCUUUCUGAGUUGCGAGAAGAACGCUGAUAAGGCUUUCGAAUUCGUUAUAGCUCUGGAGCUGUUGGUGAUGAACAGGAAUUUCCUCAUACUGGAGACGGCGGCUCACAGGAGCGGGGAGUGGCUGAUCAAAUUGACGUCUAGAGACGGCGACUGGUUCUUGGACGAUCUCGUUCUCAACAGCAGUCGGGCGGUGGAGCUGAUGAACAACCUUCCCUUGGUGGCGAGUGAGGAGCACAUACUGUUCUUCCAGGUGUUCAACUGCGUCCGAAUUUCCAACAACAUCUACAAGGGUCUGCAGGAGCUCUAUUUCAAUUUCCACACGAUAAUCCUGCCGGAGAGUAUGAAGAAGAUACAGAGCGAGGACGACAGUCUGAAGCAGAUUAUAACGGACCUGAACGAUCUGCUAAAAGGCGUUGGGAUGUCGAUACCGGAAAUGACGACGCAGUUGGUGAAGAUGCUGCCUUGUUUACUGAUGGAGAUGGAGAUUGGCACAUUUUACGAUUUCGUCCUGGAACGCGUGGCCGCCCUGAAGACCGGCUUCCUGGCGCUGAUAAACGGACAGUCGGAAACCCUGACGGCUGGAAGGAUGCUGCUGAUGGGUUUCAACGGCCUCUUCGAGAAACUGACGAUGGAAUGGAACGACCUGAUCAACGCGCUCGGGUCCAUCGACCUGCCCAACACGUGGAAGAAGAUCGAUCAGGUCAAGGACGCGAAGAACAUAUCGCCGCACGUGUGCAACUCGAAGGUCCACGCCAUACUCGAGGACAUAUUCCUGCUGAAACGUCUGCAGGCGAUGUCGGACUUCUUCAAUUGCUGCAGCGAGAUGUGCCAGUCGUUCAGGGGAACCUCCUCGGUGGCCUACAACGACGACCAGCUGCUGAAGCCGAUCAGGCAGUACAUCGCCGACUUCAUAUCGAAGCAACUGCUGGGUAUAACGACCGAGCACAUCGCCUACGUCGUCUGUUACCUGCUGCAAGAUUUGGGAUUCGACGUUUCGGAAGAGAUAGAACAGAAGGAUAUUGGUGCUGAGAGUAAAGUGCCUCUCGACGAUCUGUAUCACAAGGCUGGGAAUAUAUUUUUGAAACAGGGGUUGUUCUCGCAGAACGCGCUGUCCCAGGCUUCGACCCUGGAGAGUAACCUGAAGCACGCUUGGGUGAAGAUACAGGAGACCAAGAAGCUCCAGAGGAAGAUAACGUUGCUCCAAUCGACGCAACUGAGGUUGCACACCCAGAUCACGAUGAUAAACUUCAUGUACGAAGAGAUCUUGGCCUCGUUCAACUUAUUCACGCCGGUGAGGAGUAAAUUCAUAUUGGACUUGAAGACUGAGUUCACGACCCUCCAGCUGGUCAACGAGAAACUGACGCUGGCUGGGGAGAAUCAGAAGGCGCUGAUAGAGAGCGCGCAUCAGAGGUUGAAGUGGGCGAAGGGCGCCAAUCCGGAAGUGGGAGAGAUAUCGUCCGCCUUCGAAAACACCGUGCAGAUCAGAGACAAGCAACUGAAGACGCUCGAAGAGAUAUCUGCGAAGAUAAUCGAGAUUAGCGGGGUGAUAUUGAAGCACGAACUCUUGAGAAAUCACUGCAUCGAGACUAAAAACUACGAUAAGACUUUCCUGAACAGCUACGAAAAAUGGCGCAUGGCCUGUCAAUACAGCAGCGUGAAGAGCGACGUUUUGACCCCGACAGAAGAGAGCAUAAUGGGCCUGUUGACGAAAGAACUGACGACGAACCCCAAAUGGCUGGAGAAGAUUUCCGAGACCAUAACAGUCCUGAUCGGCAAAACCCAAGCCAAACUGACGGACGAAAAGACCAACCUAUUCUCAGUCAUCGACGCCAUCAUGACCAGACUGGACACCCUGAAGAACUCCUAUAACACCCACUGCCGGCUGAUGACCGACGUGAAGAACCUGGUGAAAUCGAUGACGAAGAUCGAGAAUUAUUCGGCGAGCACUCAGGAGUUCAUCGCGCAGUACCGUACGUACAUCGAGAAUUUCUCGCUGAUUUUCCAGAAGUUCAAGAAGGAACACAGGCGGGACGACGUGCUGGAGGUCAUAGGGUGUCUGGACUACAUGGAGGCGAACACGAGGAAGAUCUACGAGGACCUGCUGGGUCUGGAGGAGGGCAGGAAGAGGACGUUGGUGAGACAGGACGGGAUUUGCCUGGGCGCGGAGAAGAACGCGUCGCUGCAGAAGCAGGACAGCGUGGCGAUGAAGGGGCAGCAGAGGAACGCCUACGCGGUGAGCGUCUGGCGUAGGGUCAAGAUGAAGCUGGAGGGCAGAGAUCCGGAUCCGGGACGGAAGUGCAGUGCUCAAGAACAGGUUGACUACGUCAUCAGAGAAGCAACCAGUCUAGACAACUUGUCCCUCCUGUACGAGGGCUGGACGCCUUGGGUGUGAACGCGGACCCACAGCUGCGGACGAAGGUCUGCCUGGAUUUCCCUUCAGUAGAAAAAAGGCGAGCCAGUGGCGUGCGUCGCGUGUUCUUGCGUGACGUCCGAGCGGAGCACAGCAGCGCCAUCUCUCAGUUGUCAUGCGCGCACAGGAGGUCAAGUCGCUUAGUUUUAUUGCUCUUGUAAGAAUUUAUGUGUAUCGGGGUACAUUGGGAUGAUGAAGAGUUGUCCCGAUUUUCUUUCGAAGUAAGUCACGUCCACUGGACAGAGCAAAAUGAAAAAAUGUCUUAGAUCUCAUUAAUUUUUUUCUGGUUUCCUCUUGAGCAAUUAAAUUUUCCAUAAUACUAUUAUAAAUUUCCUGUUUUUGUUUCUGAAUUUUUUUUUGGACCAUUCACGGAGAAGCACCAUCAGUCGAUAAUAGUUUUCCUGGUAUUUCCUUCAUAGAUUUCUCUGAUAUGAGGAACUGAAACCUCAAAAUUUCACCCACAUCAUAUUACCUUUGCAUUCAAAGAGUCUUCGUUCAGAUUAAUUUUUUUCUGAAGGAAAUGUUUAAACCAGUCAUCCCUCUUUAUUCCUAAUUCCGUUUUAAUUGCUCUUGAUAUCAAAUUAUUUCCUUUCUAAAUCAAGUCUUCGGUGAAUUUCAUUUCUUACCGUAAUCAGAUGAAAUCGGAUUUUUUCUCUUUUGUAGUAAAUCAGUAACAACCCGCAAAGGAAGGGGGGGAAAAACACUUACAUUGAUAUCCAUGAAUUUUUUUAAUGUGAGUCUGUUUUUAUGUGGUUUUCAGCCAAAAUUGUGUGAGCAACAUUCUGGGACAAAUUUACAAGAGACUUGAUAUUUUUGAAUUGAAAAUAACAUUUUGUAUCACAAGAAAAUGUACUUUUCCUUUAUUACAUAGUUUUGUUGCAAUUGUGUUAGUUACAUUAAAUUUUUCUGCCAUUGAAAAUUUGUCGUCCUUGUUCAAUAGAUUGGUGUUCUGAAACGAUUUUAUCCCAAAUUUAUAGAUUCAAUUCAAAAAAUUUCAUCAUGAGUUUAACCAAAAAUUUAUUCUUGUUUGAGUUUAUUUUAAUUGAAAAUAAAAUUGAAAAUUAAUGGAGUAACAUCACAAAUCUAUAUUUUUUCUUUUUUAAGUAAAUCUGAUUCUUGAAGAAAAAUUUUUUAGGAGAAACACAUUCGGGAUUCUUGAUAACACAGAGCAAUGGUUCGAAUUUAGUCUCAUCUCAGAAUUAUUUAAAAAUGAUUGCAUGAUCAUGGGAGAAAAAAAAUUAUUCUCACUUUGAUACAAUUCUAGUCACAAUUGAUAAUAAUUUUCAUCAGCAAAAUAUUGAGAAAUCCUAAUUGACAGAAAUAUAUGAUUCAAAUUGAGAAAAAAAUUGUGAGUUUAAAAUAUAUGGUAAAAUUUUUUGAGAAACCCUUUCUCAUCUGUAUUCAUGCAAAAGUUUUUGUUCUUAUUCCAUAAAUUAUGGAUUUUUUUGCAUAAACAUGAUUCCAGCUCGUUGAAAUUCAUCCAAUUUAAAAUAUUAUUUCCUGUGUUAAUCUUGAGAGGAAUAGAAAGAACUCCAUAUAAUAAGCUGUUCGAUUAAAAUAUUGCUGUAUAUGACAGAAAUAAUGUAAUAAAUAUACAUCAAGUAUGUUUGGUCCACCUUGAAUGUAUAAAGGUGACCUACAAUUUGCAUUCAAUAGAACUGACCAAACUGCGUAAGUUUCGUGACAUCUAAAAAUAAUUUGCGCUUCAUAAAAAAAAACUCCCAAACAAUAUCAGCUGUUUGAAUGUUCCAUAUGCUGGAAAUAUAUUUUAAAUGUACAUGUUUGAAUUUUUAUCACGUUGACCUAAAGAGGAAUAAUCCACAUAGAACUCUGUUAAUCUUAUUUUUGCUAGGCUAUUUAUAAUUUGUAGUGGACUGUUCUAAUGGAGAAAUUGUAAUAAACAUCGAGAUUCAAACUUUGUAACCCUUAUGAAAUAGGGUCGGCAUGCUUAUUACCAUUUCUGAUUAUUUCAUUUUAAAUAUACAAGUUAUAUUCUGAA